AUGGUGAAGAAAUUGGAGAAGCAGAAAUCAAUCAAGCGCCCAAAGAGGGCAAAGGUAGAAGUGCAUCACUACCAAAAACCCCGACGUCCUGUGACUCUAGAGGAACUCUUACCAAGUUUGCUCGACAUAAAGUCUACUCAAGACAAUGUCGAGGCAUCAUGUUUCAAUGCUAAUAAAGCAAAAACAAUGAAGUAUCUUGAUGGCGGGAUUGAAAGGAAGAUAGUUGCAUAUGAUAAUCCUUUCACCGAAGUUGAGACACACUUUGUCGAUGCGAAAUUCUAUUUGAAAAGUUAUGUUGUUAAAGGGGCCAAAUCUAAUGAUGUAAAACCAAUCAUGUCCGAUAAGGUCAUAAGAAAAAGAAUCAAUGCAACAGUCGGAAAGGUAAACGUCGACACUAAAGAACUUUGUCCAAUUCUUAAUGAAGGGAAGAUCAUGUCUUCGAAUAAAAAGCUGACUUCUAGACUUUGCUAUGUUCCAAAGGUGAAGAAAGAAGAAGAUCAAUCAUCUAACUUUCAAGAAAAUGUAUUGAGAGGGCUAACUCUUCCUAUCAGACAGAUUGAUGCAAAAAACUUGUCUUCAAAGCUGCCAGAAAAGUCAAUCUCUCAAAAUCAAGUGCGAGAUGUGGCGCUCCCUACAAAACGCAUAAAAGAAGGUUUUGAUCCCAAUGCUUACAAGUUAUUUGUGAAAGCUGGAUACAACCCUGAUGAGCCAUCAAUGUUAGGGAAACUUGUAUCAGAAGACACACUUAGGCAAGCACGUGAAGGCCUAGGCUAUAGCCAACCACCACCAAUUCGCAUUUCCAUAAGAAGGGCAAGAAACAACCAUAUAACUUUUGAAGAUGAUGUCACUACUCCCAACAAAAAGCCUUCCGUCUUUGAUCGACUUGGAGAAUCGACUACAAGAACUUUUGUGUUUGAGAGGUUAGGUCUGGUGAAGAAAAAUAAGAAUUUGAGAAGUUAUUUAAAAGUUACAACGCCUGCUUCACAUUUGGUUCGAAAGGAUUUCAAAAGUUCGAUUCCUUCUAGAAUGAGGCGACGAGUGGAACUUGUAGUUUCAUGUAAAGAGGAACUCAAGGCAAAGGUUCACACUGUGGUUUACACCAAGGAGCACGAGGAAGAUGAAGAAAGUGUAGGCUCCUCAAAUCAUAUUACAAUCCAAAAUGAGUACGAUUAUUUGCCUCAAAUGAAGAUUGAUGAAGAGUUAGAAGAUAUUGUCUGGAGUUGUCAUAAAUCUAUCAAUGACAAUGAUCCUUUAGAAGAGAAAGAUGCUGGAGAUGCUGCACCGGAACUUAAAGAAGGAAUAAAGACCACAAUAGAUCCUUUGAAAGAAGUUAACCUUGGCACUGAUGAAGACCCAAGGCCAACUUACUUGAGUGCCUUUCUAGAAGUUGAUGAACAAAUCGCUUCUAUGAAUAUACUCAAAGAAUAUAGGGAUGUCUUUGCUUGGAGUUACAAAGAAAUGCCUGGAUUGAAUCCUAAAGUAGCGGUCCAUCAGUUGGCAGUCAAAAAUGGUUCUCGUCCUGUUAAGCAAGCUCAAAGAUAUUUUAGGCCAGACUUGGUUCCAUUGAUAGAAAAUGAAGUUAACAAACUUAUUGAGGCAGACUUUAUUCGUGAGGUCAAAUAUCCUACAUGGAUUUCAAGUAUUAUUCCUGUAAGGAAAAAGAAUGGUCAAAUUAGAGUAUGUGUUGACUUUAGAGAUCUUAAUAAUGCAUGCCCUAAUGAGUUUCCUCUUCCCAUUCCGGAGCUGAUGAUUGAUGCCACCACUGGUUAUGAGGUGAUGUUGUUCAUGGACGGUUCUUCUGGCUAUAAUCAAAUCCGCAUGGCUCCAAAAGAUGAAGAACUCACCGCAUUUCGCACGCCUAAGGGUAUUUAUUGCUAG